ACAAUGGGUGACAUCCCUGGGCCAUCUACAGCUCCUUACUUCAAUCAAGGGAAGGCAACAGAGAAUUUCUCCCGACUGUGUCAGUUGAUCGUGACAAUCUGUAGCGACUUGUUCAGGGACAUUCUAAGUCGUUACAUCAAACCGGCUGACCUGAGGUCAGAGUUGAACAACAACAGAAAGAGGCUGGAGAGAAUCAUGAACAGUCAACAAAAAGAACAGAUCUAUCCGGCGUCUGGCUCCACAGCUUUGACUGCUAAAGACUUGGACAUCUCUGUACUAUACAUCAUAUUGAGAAACAUCUGUAACAUACCAAAACAUAAAGCCGGGUGGGGUAAUCCACCUCUAAAUGGCGAUAAUAGAUUAUCGGCCUGCAUAGAAAGGAUCAGGAUUCAGAGAAAUUUAAUUUUCGCUCAUUCUGUCAUUGCUGCAGUUGAUGACAUAAUGUUUGAAGAGCACUGGGACGAACUCAAAGACGCCAUCAUAGAAAUUGAAAAACAGUCUCUCGGUGGGGACAUGUAUGAGAGAGGCGUAAACGAGUUAUUCUCUUGUGAUCUUAACCCCGGUAGAUCAAAGCUGUAUGUUGCAGAAUUCAAGAAAAUUCAAGAAAAUAUGCAGAUAAAACAAGAAAAAAUUGAAUGUCUUGAGAGUGAAACCAGAACAGCAAAACGUGCUGGAUUAAAAGGUCUGGGAUCUAUCACGGUGGCAACCCUAGCUGGAGUAAAAACUGGUAAAGGUCGAGUGGGUUUCCGAUAG